CUUCCUCAUGUGAUACUGACGUCAUUCAGAAUUUUAACGAUAUCAACAAUGUCUCUGAAUACAUCUCAUAGCGGUUCUGGGGUUGUCCUUUAUUUUGGAGAGAGAAUUCUACUUUUCUAUGAUGGAGCUGAAUUGAAACUAGAAGGUCCUAGUAACGUUGUUCCGUUCAAAGGAACUAAGAAAGGCAGGAUUUUUUUAACAACCCAUCGAAUUAUCUUCACUAAUAACAAUGCCAAAGAUACAUUACAAUCGUUCUCAGCAGCUUUCUUGUCACUUAGCGAACUAGAAUUGGAACAACCCAUCUUUGGAGCUAAUUUUAUCAAAGGUUCAGUUAAAGCAGAAGCGAAUGGCAAUUGGGAAGGUAGAAGUAAACUUAAACUAUGGUUCAACAAGGGUGGAGCUAUCGAAUUUGGAAGAGCAAUGCUUGAAUGUGGAAGACGAGCUUGUCGCGUAGCUCAGCAAAUGCCUCCUCCCCCACCUUACACUCCACCAACAGACUUUUACCCGGCAGAAUUUAACCAAUACGCACCGCCACAGAAUUCCGAGUAUGGUUUUGUACCUUACAAUCAUUUCCCCGAUCAACCUCCAGCUAACUCAGUUUACAUGGCUACUGCACCACCACCAUACCCAGGAAUAGCUCCUAUAUCGCCAGCAGGUACUUUCUAAAUUUUGAGCAAAACCUUUGCCUACUUCUGAUCAAAAAAGCAGCAAGAAAAAGUUAAAAUUAACUUAAAAAUUUUCAAUUGAAAAAUAGUAGCGUCGACAAAAAGAGACAAAAUUAUUCGUAUUAGUAAACAAGUAAUAUAACAAUAAGUAUUUAUUCCAGUUAGUUAUUCAGUUAAAAAAGUAUAUACAUAGUACUAAUUCUAUAUUUUCCUUUAAAGAAAACUAUAACGAUUUUAUUUAAUAGAUGCUAAAGCCCAAGAAGCACAUCAAGGACAAGCCUACUAUCAAAAUGGAGAUGGGCAUAAUAUGUAUAUGCAGAAUGCAUCUGCUCCAGCAUAUCCUGAUGCACCUCCUGCCUAUAAUGAUAUUAAUAAGAAAGAUAAUUAAAAACUUGCAUUUGAAUAUUAUUGUCAUCUUGUGUGAAAUACUAUCUUGAAGUCAUUUUUGAUUCUAAAACAACACAUAAUAAUUAUUCAUAUAUAUAUAUAUGUUCAUACUUUAUUGGAUUGUAAAUGUAUUACUUGAAUCUUACUGUGCUUUUCAUGUCAAAAAUAAUAUUGCCGAAAGUAUAUUAUAUAGAUACUUGUAACGAACUUAUUUAUUAA